GGGCCCGGCGCGAUGGCGGGGCCGGGGCCCGGAGCGGCCCCUCCGCGCCUGGCGCUGGCCCUGGCGCUGCUGGCCGCGCUGCUGGCCGCCAAGUACUACCGGGACGCGGAGGCGGCGCGGCAGCAGGAGCUGGCUCUCAAGUCCUUGGGGAAUGAAGGGCUGUUCCUCUUCUCCUCCCUGGACACCAACAAGGACCUGUACCUGAGCCCAGAGGAGUUCAAACCCAUUGCUGAGAAGCUCACAGGGGUUGCUCCAGUGUCAGAGUCUGAAGAGGAGGAGACACCAGAUCCAGAUGGGGAGACUCUGUCCAUCGUGGCCAAGUUCCAGCCCCUGCUCAUGGAAACAAUGACGAAGAGCAAGGAUGGCUUCUUGGGAAUUUCCCACGUGGCUCUGUCUGGGCUCAGGAACUGGACAGCCCCAGCAGCCCCCAUGAGUGUCCUGCUUGCCAGGCAGUUCAAAGCCUUCCUCCCUCCAAAGGACAAUCUGGAUCUUGGGGAGCCAUGGUGGAUCAUUCCCAGUGAGCUGAACAUCUUCACUGGGUAUCUGUCCAACAACAGGUUUUACCCUCCACCUCCCAAGGGCAAAGAGGUGCUCAUCCACAGGCUGCUGAGCAUGUUCCACCCGCGCCCCUUCGUCAGGACGCGCUUUGCCCCGCAGGGAGCCGUGGCCUGCCUCCAGGCCGAUCCACGCCGAAUUCCAGCUGAACGAGCCACCAAACUUCCCCUUCUGGUUCUCCCCGGGGCAGUUCACAGGUUACAUUGUCCUGUCCAAGGACUCCUCCCACGUCAGGGACUUCAGGCUCUUUGUUCCCAACAACAGGUCCCUGAACGUGGACAUGGAGUGGCUCUACGGGGCAAGCGAGAGCAGCAACAUGGAGGUGGACAUUGGAUACCUGCCCCAGAUGGAGCUGGAGGCCACAGGGCCCUCGGUGCCCUCCGUGAUCCACGAUGAGGACGGGAAGGUCCUGGCCAGCAGGGACCCCUCGGGGGAGCCCAUCCAGUUUGUGUUUGAGGAGAUCACCUGGCAGCAGCAGAUCCCCUGGCAGGAGGCGGCCCACAGGCUGGAGGUGGCCAUGUACCCCUUUAAGAAGGUCUCCUACCUGCCCUUCACAGAAGCCUUUGAGAGAGCACGAGCAGAGAAGAAGCUGGUGCACUCCAUCCUGCUCUGGGGAGCCCUGGAUGACCAGUCCUGCUGAGGUUCGGGGCGAACUCUCCGGGAAACCGUCCUGGAAAGUUCGCCCAUCCUCGCCCUGCUCAACGAGAGCUUCAUCAGCAGCUGGUCCCUGGUCAAGGAGCUGGAGGAGCUGCAGAGCAACAGAGAGAAUGAGCUCCACAGCAAACUGGCCAAGCUGCACCUGGAGAAAUACAACUUCCCUGUGGAGAUGAUGAUCUGCCUCCCCAACGGCACGGUGGUUCACCACAUCAAUGCCAACUAUUUCCUGGACAUUACUUCCAUGAAGCCUGAAGAUGUUGAAAGCAGCAUCUUUAGUUUCUCAACCAAUUUUGAAGACCCUUCAACUGCAACUUACCUCCAGUUCCUGAAGGAAGGGCUGCACAGAGCAAAACCUUACCUGCAGCCCUAAAAGCAGGCACUGAAUGCCCCUCUGAGAUGGCCAAAGACUCCAGAGAUCUAUUUUGGUUACAGCAAAUCCUCCUGAUCCCCAUGGCAGACGUUGAACUGCAGCAGUCCCAGCUCUGGGUCCUGGUGUGAGCUGAGUUCAGUUCCACAGCCUGUCCCUCUCACUGCAGGCACAUUCCUGCAGGAGUGCAAAUACCUGAACACAUCCCAGUGCCCCUGCCUGGGUGUGCACCCACCCUCAUUGCCCUGGAACUGGCCUGCAGGACUUGCUGGGUGCAGGGACAGCACUGCCAUCGUGACCAAACACUCGUGCUGAGCACAGAGCCAGCAGCCCUGGGCAGUCCCUGUCCCCUGGGGCCAGCUCUGCAUCUGGCUGUGACAGUCUGUGUGACAGGACUGGGGCUGCCCUGAGCUCCUGUGGCACUGCUGGCCUGGGUCAGGCAGGGUCUGACCCUGAGGGUGGCACAGGGACAGCAGGAUGGGCAUUAGGGACAGUGACAGUCUGUGUGACAGGACUGGGGCUGCCCUGAGCUCCUGUGGCACUGGUGGCCUUGCCCUGAGAGUGGCACAGGGACACCAGGAGUGGGCACCAGGGCAUCAGAGGGGUGAGCUGAGGAUCAGUGUGAGCUCCCCAGUGAGCCCAGGCUGAAGGACACAGCAGUGAGCAGUGUCCCACCCACCCAUCCAUCCCUCCCAGCAGCUCUGGGACCUUGGAGCUGCUGCUCUGUCCCUGUUGUGCUUUGAGCUCCCAGGUUGUGCUGGGGGAGGAACCAUGAAGUUCCUUCUGGGAACUUCCCUCCUGCCUGGGGACUGGGCAGCUCUAAAAGCCAGCA